AUGAAGGACCGUAAAGCUUUUGAGAAGAGAUACGUUCUAUUCUUGGCAUGAUACCUCUUAGCGAGUGCAACUUUGACAAUUGUUGCACCUAUCAUGCCAUAUCAGAUGAAGGAGAAAGGAGUGCCCACUGCACUUAAUUCUAUUAUCUUUUGAAUAUUUUCAAUCGCUGGGCUAUUCGCAUCGAUUUAUGGUGGCAAGUACUUGGCAGCAAAAGGAGCUAAAUUUUUCGUGUACUCAGGACUUCUUGGAUUAGCUCUUUCCCAUUUGAUUUACGCAUUGCUUGCCUUUGUACAGAGCAAAAAUAUCUUUGCUGUGAUUAUUAUCCUCAACAGAUGCCUUGAAGGAUGGUCCUUUGGUUUGAUCCAGUGAAUGGUUUAUGGAGUUGCCUCACAAGAACUAGCGCCAACAGAGUUCGAUCGAUAUGCAAGAACUUGUUCUGCAAGUGCUGGGGUAGGAGGAUGCCUCUCAUUAUUAGCUGGACCAUACUUGUUCUCUAUUGGUGGCUACUUCCUACCAUAUUUUGCUCUGUGUGGAAGUUUUGUGUUAUUAACAUUCAUAAUGCACGUCUCCGGGACUUUAAAUAUUAAAAAAGUCAAACCUACAAGAUUUCUUGAAGCCUUAAGCAAAAGUGUUGAUGAAGAGUCUCUUCCAACACCAGAGACAAAGAUCGACUUGAAGUUUUUGCUAAGCUUGCCGACUGUGAAAAUUGGAUGUAUGUCAAUUCUUCUCUCAAACAUGGUCUUGUCAUAUCUUGACCCUAUUUUUGCAUUGAAAAUGCUCGAUAUGGGAAUCUAUGCUGGGACAGCUGGCCACAUUUAUAUCUUCUUGCUGCUUAGUUACUCAAUAUUUGGCUUCUUUGGAGGUGUUCUUGAAAUCAUAGCUGACAAAAAGACUCUUAUCAUUGCUGGAUAUUUUGUCGGAUUCCUCGGCUUCUGCACUAUUGCACAUUGUGUAUUUAUUGGAACAAAUUACGUUCUUCUCAUAAUUAUUGGACUCUUCUUGAACGGGUACUCUGUGAUUGGUGGCAACACUUUUGCUACAAUGUACACCAAAGCAGAGCUGAUGAAUGCUGGAGAAGAAAAAGGGAUCUCUCGCAAAGAAGCAGGAGGAUACUUCGGAGGUGUAAAAGGAUCGAUGAACUUGAUAGGCACUUUCAUAGGUCCUUUGGUGAGUCCAAACGUCUACAUGAUGAUAGGAUUUGAUUAUACCUGCAUUAUGAUGGGAUCCAUUCAGAUCUUCUUUGUACUAUUCUUUAUCUACACUACUAAAAAUAGAGAUCACCAAGUUCAAAAAAUCGAACCUGAAAUGAAUGAGCUCCAAAAAUUAUCAUAACAUGCAUAUGCUAUCGAGACGACAUAAAUAAUUUCUUGUUUCAAUAUUCCCC